GAUCGGAGAACUGGGACAGAUGCGGAAGCUCCUGGUGCUAGAGCUGUCCAAACUCGCCGUUUCUUGCUCUGCCUCUACUUGGUGGGAUUCUUGGAUUUGUUUGGUGUAAGCAUGGUUGUUCCUUUAUUAAGCCUUCAUGUCAAGUCUCUUGGAGCAAGCCCCACAGUUGCUGGAAUAGUAGGCUCCACUUAUGGCAUUUUGCAACUCUUUUCUAGCACCUUAGUGGGCUGCUGGAGUGACAUGGUUGGAAGACGAUCUUCCUUGCUGGUGUGCAUUCUCUUCAGUGCUCUGGGUUAUCUCAUUCUGGGAGCAGCCACCAAUGUGUUCCUGUUUGCCCUGGCUAGAGUCCCUGUGGGUAUUUUCAAGCAUACACUGUCAAUAUCAAGGGCCCUGCUUUCUGACUUGGUUACAGAGAAAGAACGGCCCCUAGUAAUCGGAAAGUUUAAUACAGCAUCAGGCAUGGGCUUCAUCCUGGGCCCCAUGGUUGGUGGAUAUCUCACUGAACUGGAUGGUGGCUUUUAUGUAACAUCUGUCAUCUGUUUUUCUGUCUUCAUUCUGAAUGCUGGUCUUGUUUGGUUAUUUCCAUGGAGUGAAGUAAAACUGAACACUAGGAAGACCGGCCUGCAGCUGCGUAGCAACCACGCAUUUUCAAGAAAGACGGCACAUCAAGCUCAAGAUGCCCCUGUAGCCCUCGAGACCAGCGCAAGGGAGAGGAAUAUUUGGCGUCCCUGGAUCGAAGUUGCCUCAACCUUACGCGACAUGAAGAGCUUGCUGUUUUCUGAAAUGUGGGACAUAUUUUUAGUGCGCUUGCUCAUGGCCAUGGCAGUCCUGCUGUACCACAGCAAUUUUGUGCUGGCCCUUGAAGAGCGCUUUGGGGUGAGGCCCAGGACGACGGGCUACCUCAUCAGUUACAGCAGCGCCCUAGGGGCCCUGGCCGGCUGCGCCCUGGGGCCCCUCACAAGACUGUACAAGCACAACUCCUACCUGAUCCUGCUGCACUCCAGCCUCCUCACGUUCACGCUGCUGCUGCUCUACGCCGCAGCCCACACCGUGCUCCUCGUUGUUGUCUCCUCCACCCUCUUGUCCUUCUCCACCGCCCUAGGCAGGACGUGUCUCACCGAUGUGCAGCUGACUGUGGGCAAGGCGCGCGCCAGCGGCACGCUCAUCGGCGUGGGGCAGUCCGUGACGGCCGUGGGCCGCAUCAUCGCCCCACUCCUCUCAGGCCUUGUCCAGGAGCUUAGCCCUUGCGGCCCUCCUAGUCUGGGAGCAGCUUUAGCCUUAGUAGCUAUUUUCAUAAUGUCACGAAAGAAACCUCACUAUAAUGGUAACGGGAGUGGUAAACUUAAAAGUGAGUAG